AUGAGCUUGCGUCGACCUUUUUUCCAUCUUCGAAGAAACAUCUGCUCCUCAUCGAUUCUUAAAGCGAAAAGGUCCAGGAAAACCACUGCUUUGCCCAUCCCUUUUGAAACAUUCAGAGGAGAGGAAACAGAUUUGGGCGAGGGCAUAUUCCACUUCAAUGUGGACUGGUCUUCUUUCAUGGAUAAUGACCUUCCCCGGCGCCUGCGCCUGACCUCCCACGUUAACGUCAAAUCCUUGAUAUUGGGUUCCAAUCUGUUCAAUUUCGCUGCUGCGGAUUGGGAUGAACUACCAACGGAGUUGCAGGCUGCCUUACAGCAUGUCAUCCGCCACCCUACCUUGGAAGAGCUCACCAUUUUAAAUUUCAAGAACUUACCAGCCACUCUAUUAAGUGCCGCUAGAUGCACAACGCUAUCGAUACACAAAGCCAAAUUCCGUAAAAGCAAGUUCCACGAGCGCAAAAAUACUCCCCCUAAUAUCGUAACCCGCAUAAAGUCCUUCGACUUUGGCCUCACCCCACUUUCCAGUAUUCGGGCCCUCGUACGCGACAGAACAUCAACGGAUUCCCCCGCCGUAGACUUUUCAAGUCUACAUUCACUGAAUAGCAUCAGCCUGUGCCUUGCGGACGAGGUUGCCGCAUUCAAAGAGGUGAUGAAAGUCUCACCAAACUUAAAAUAUCUUCAAUGCGAAGUCGACAGAGAGGUCCCCUCGUCUUUGGCGGCGUGUCGCUCAUUGAAAACCUUAGUACCUCUCUUCGAAAUUGGGAACGAAUCACAGGAUCCACUGCUUGGUCUUCCAGAUGUGCUAUCCGAGAUGUCGGCAGACAAUGUACUUGAAGAAUUGUUAAUCCAUGCCUAUGUCCAGUGCUACACCUCUUGCCGAACCGAUGCGAUAUGGGGGAGACUUGAUGAUGUCCUAUCGCGGUCCGCCUUUCAAUCCCUUCACCGUGUAUCCCUCAAAAUUAUUGUCUGGGUUGACGAUUUAUUUUUUCGCGCCGAGGAACUUGAGGAACGUCAAUUAGGGGAACGUCAUCGGAAGGCAUUGAAGGAGGAGCUAGAGAAAAUUGGAGAUUCACAAUUCACCUGGCUAAAAAGUCAUGUGAAGUUUGAUUUCUCUGUGAGAACAAUCACGCAUCUUCAGCGGGAGACCGACCCGGAAAUACAAAGAUACUUGGAGUCGGAUCUUCUGUGA